AUGGGGUCGGCCAGGGUGACUGGCUGCAGAUCCUAUGUCCACCUACAGACCCAGGGCCCCGUCCCCCAGAUCCUAUAUCCACCUACAGACCCAGGUUCCUGUCCCCCAGAUCCUGUGUCCACCUACAGACCCGAGGGCCCGUCCCCCAGAUCCUGUGUCUACCUACAGACCCGGGGCUCCGUCCUCCAGAUCCUAUGUCCACCUACAGACCCGGGUUCCUGUCCCCCAGAUCCUGUGUCCACCUACAGACCCGGGGCUCUGUCCCCCAGAUCCUAUGUCCACCCUACACUCCAUAGCCCCGUCCCCAGGUCCUCCAUCCCCCAGAUCCUGUGUCUACCUACAGACCCGGGGCUCCGUCCCCCAGAUCCUAUGUCCACCCUACACUCCAUAGCCCCGUCCCCAGGUCCUCCAUCCCCCAGAUCCUGUGUCUACCUACAGACCCAGGGCUCCGUCCCCCAGAUCCUGUGUCCACCCUACACGCCCGGGGCCCUGUCCCCCAGGACCUCCGUCCACCCUACACUCCCGGGCCCCGUCCCCAGAUCCUAUGUUCACCCUACACGCCCGGGCCCCGUCCCCCGGGUCCUCCAUCCCCCAGAUCCUGUGUCCACCUACAGACCCGGGGCUCCGUCCCCCAGAUCCUGUGUCCACCUACAGACCCGGGGCUCCGUCCCCCAGAUCCUGUGUCCAACCUACACGCCCGGGCCCCGUCCCCAGGUCCUCCGUCCACGGGCAGCUGUCUGGGCUCGGCCUCCCGAUCCUCGGAGGCCUCUUCCCGCUGCAGGUUUGACCUUUUGA